AUGUGCUUCUACGACAAUUAUAUAAUGGCUUGCAGCUGUGGAAAGUGGGGUCAUUUCAGACAACAUUGCUCCAAGGAGUACCGUACUGGAGAGACUUGUGGCAUGAAACUCGUGAUGACCCGAUACUCGAAACCAGAAAAGUGCAAGAUCUGCAUCAAGAUUGACACAAAGAUGCGAAGCAUCCAGAAAGAACAAGACAAGAUUGAUCGCUGGAGACACGAGGACGGCCGCAGCGCUUCCAUCGACAAAGCUGAAGGCAAUAUCGAACAUCUGCGAAGUGAGGUAGAAGGCCUCUGCUACGAGCGUGACCAGAAGAGAAUGUCAUUGAGAUAG